AUGGAUUCUUCCAAACAAGAUUCAGGGCAAGCGGGAGAGAAGAACAUAACAGAUCCCAUACAAGAGAAGCAGCCAAAUGACUCCAAGGAUGAAAAACCCACAGAGGUGGUUCCAGACUUACCUGAUGCCACUGAAAGAGAGACAGCGGAGUACGGUCUUGAGCCUCUCGUGCCUAAAAAGUAA